AUGGCUCAAAAAAAGCAACCCCCCAAGCGGAUCUGGGCAUCCCUAAUAACAAACCUCUCAUACCUCCCGGGCCUCCUAACCCUCCACCACUCCCUAAACAACCCCACCCCAGACCCCAAAGCCGACCCCACUGCAAGCCAAGGCACGAAAUACCCAUUCGUAGCCCUCUACACCUCAACCUUCCCAGCCGAAGGCCUCAAAAUCCUCGAAGCACGCGGUAUAACAGCCCAACUAGUUCCCUCCGUGACACCAGCCAUCACGAGGAAGUACGCGCAAGACCCCCGGUUCGCGGAAACAUGGCACAAGCUCGUCGUCUUCUCUCUUGAAGAGUACGAGCGCGUCGUCCUACUAGACGGUGACAUCAUCGUCCGUCGGAAUAUGGAUGAGCUUAUGGAUCUACCGCUGGAAAAAGGACCACUUGCAGCGGCGCAUGUUUGCGCUUGUAAUCCGAUGAAGAAGGCGCAUUACCCCGCGAACUGGAAACCCGAGAACUGCGCCUACACAACGCAGCACUCGACAUCCUCAACGGCGCAAACUACAGCGCCGACUCCCUCGUCCGGAGUCGGGAUGCUCAAUAGCGGGGUUCUGGUAGUGCAGCCGUCAGCGCAGAGCUAUAGCGAGAUUACAGCUGCGUUACAAGAGACUGAGCGGAUUGAGAAGUACAUAUUCCCAGACCAGGAUUUGUUAUCUGAUGUGUUUCUGGGGCGGUGGGUAUCGCUACCGUAUGUGUAUAAUGCGUUGAAGACGUUGCGGAUAGAGGGGGUGCAUGAUGCGAUUUGGAGAGAUGAGGAGGUGAAGGCUGUACAUUAUAUUUUUGCUACGAAGCCGUGGCAUGAGACGCAGCGGGAGGGGGAUACGGAAGGACUUGAUGAGACGGGGGUUUGGUGGUGGAGGGCUAAUUGGGAGAGGAUGGGGAGGGAAGGGAAGGCUGGGAUUGAGGAUCAGUUUUCUCGGGGUUGA